AUGAGUUCGAUCCAUCCACAGGUGGGGGAUCAGCCUCGGAAGAAGAUCCGAAAGGGGACCCGCAGUUGCUGGCAAUGCAAACAUCGCAAAGUCCGGUGCGAUUUUGCGUCAGAUAAUGACCAAAACUGCAGGGAAUGUCUUGCGCGCGGACUUCCAUGUCGCAGCCAAGAAUUCCCGGAACCUGACAAUCCCCGCGAGUCGGAUCGUGCAUACCUGAACGAACGGAUGGCUCGGGUGGAGACCCUGUUGGAGAAGCUUCUGAUACGAGUCGACGGUGGGAGUCAUGGAAAUGGGAGCAACCAAUCGGACUCGAAAUCAUCCAUAGGUCGGGCGGAUACAAGCCCGGAAUCGAGUCCCCCGACCGUGACUCCAGCGCCGGACAAGUAUCCAAUUUCGUCUCUUUUUAACAACCAAGCGCUAGGUGUCGAACAAUCAGAUACCGCUGCAACCGAUCUUACACCAUAUGGCACAAUCAACCGGGACUGGGAGAAACUGCGUCGCGAUCUGAUAGCUCUAAUACCCUCCCAGAAGACAUUGAAGAUCAUAGCGGAGGCUAGCAGUAGUUGGUGGCUUAUGCGCGUGCAGUUCUUCGAAGACUACGAUCAAUCAUUGCUUUCGUCCCCAGUGGAAACCCUGCAAACGAGUCACCCAGCUGUAGUUGGUAAAGCCGUCCUGUGGAUUGCCCUGUGUCUUCAACAACUCCCCCCAGAGUGUGAUGUGUCCUCCCUCGAGCUUUGUUGUCCACCAUUGGUCUUGGUUGAAGAAUGCAUCACCCGUGUUUCCACGUUGAUCUGCUCUGAUGACUCUAUCGUCAGUUGUAUCGAGGGGCUCGAGUGCUUGAUUAUGCAAGGGUUACUAUUUAGCAAUGACGGAAAGCUACGAAGUGCAUGGCUUUCUACUCGUCGGGCCGCAGAUAUCGCCCAGGUAAUCGGGUUCCACCGUGCUGAACCGGCUACCAAUAAAAGCCCCGAUUUUCAACAUCGGGCUCGGUCGGUCUGGAGACAUAUCCUGAUGAUUGAUAGGCAUUUCUCGUUGAUCCUUGGGGUGAAUGGAGCUAUAUCCAAUACGGCAAUAGAUCUAUAUCAAUCCAACCCAAACGACUCUCAAAAUUUGCCCGCGCACAAUGCAUCCACUCUUAACCCGCUUGCUCGGAUAGCUGGAUCAAUCAUUGACCGUAAUCAGAUCUUCACAGAAGCUACUCCAGCCAUGGUACAGAUGACGCAUAUCAUUGACGCGGAACUUCAAUCGUUCACACCCCCUCCUUUGAUGUCGGCCGACAAUAUUCCGCCCGGCAAGUGUAUCGAGCGGUCCAAUUGUUUUCUAGAGCUUCACUAUCGGCUGUGGUACUACCAGCUCCUGGUGUGGCUACAUUUGCCUCUUCUACUAGCGUCAGGUACUGACAACUCCUAUGAAUAUAAUCGGAAAACCUGUCUUCAAGCCUGCCGCCACUGCAUCGAUUGCUACGUCAAUCUCCGGCGCACCACUGAAAGCGGGUUUGACUCGAAAGUUCUUCAUUUCCAAGCUUUUGCUACGGCAAUGGCAAUCAUUAUCAAUCGCCUCGGGCCAUUUGGCUCGCAAGACUUUGACAAGGAAGACUACAUUGCUAUCGACCGGGUUGAGGCGGUUCUAGAGCAACUAUCGAAUACCGUUCCUCCCGACAAGGUUGCAUCUCGAGGAUUGCACGUCUUGAAGACUAUAAUGGCGAUAGGAAUUGGGACCGAACUCCCGCUUGCCGGGUCCGAUACAGCGCAGUACCGGAAUGGAAGGCUUACUCGAAUCAAGUUUGAUAUUCCCUUUUUCGGCCGGGUACAACUUGAACGUCGUAGCUUCGCCGAUCAAUCAUCUAAAAGCUUUACUGUUCCCAGCACCCUUCCCGGGCAAUACUACCCAUCAUCUUCACGGAUGCUCACGAUGCCGGACCCUGGUUAUGUGGCUGAGCAGGUUUCCGAAACACCCCAACUGGCAGAUAACGGCUUGUGCUUUGACCCGAAUACCGAGUUUUGGGCUUUCAACUCUGAGUUUACGUUUCAGCCUCCAUUUUUGGCUGACUUUGAUGUUGAUUGGAAUAGUUGGGGGAUGGAUGUGGGGGUAUGA